UGUUUGUAUGAAUUGGUCGGGCGAAAUCACAAGCCAUGGAGCUCCUCUCACUGUUUUCUCUUCAAGUAAGGACUCCGCUCUGUUCUUCCUCACCAAAGAUUUCAAUCGGAAAACGCAGGUUCCCAUCUCGUCGGGGCCUUACAUUUCCUGGUAGUAAGAAGUACCCAGAUUGUUCGAACCUCAAAUUUCUUUAUUUCAGAGCUCAAGCUUCGGGUUUGACCAAAUCCAAUCUAGAGAAGCCGGAUGUCAUUAAACAGGAAGUCCAGAAAAAAGAUAAGGAUCUUGCAUUUGUUGCUGGUGCUACUGGUAGGGUUGGUUCACGUGCUGUAAGGGAGCUUCUAAAACUCGGAUUCCGAGUUAGAGCAUGUGUCAGGAGUGCUCAAAAAGCAGAAAGUCUUGUGCAAAGCGUUCGACAAAUGAAAAUCAAUACUGGAGAUGCAAGCGGGGAAACUCAAUCUGUAGAGAAGCUUGAAAUUGUGGAAUGUGAUCUGGAGAAUCAAGAUAUGAUCAUACCGGCAAUAGGCAAUGCAUCUGUGGUUUUGUGCUGCAUAGGUGCCAGCGAGAAAGAAGUUUUUGAUAUCACUGGACCAUAUCGAAUUGACUAUCAGGCUGCUAAAAACCUUAUUGAUGCAGCUACUGUUGCACAAAUUAACCACUUCAUUUUGCUCACAUCUUUGGGGACAAACAAAGUUGGAUUUCCUGCAGCUAUUCUAAAUUUGUUUUGGGGAGUCCUGAUUUGGAAAAGAAAGGCAGAGGAAGCAUUGAUAGCCAGUGGUCUUCCUUUCACUAUAGUUAGGCCUGGAGGAAUGGAGAGACCAACUGAUGCUUACAAGGAAACUCAUAAUAUUUUCCUCUCAACAGAAGAUACUUUAUUUGGUGGCCAAGUCUCAAACCUUCAGGUGGCAGAACUCAUGGCAUUUAUGGCAAAAAAUAGAAGCCUGUCUUACUGUAAGGUGGUGGAAGUAAUUGCAGAAACAACUGCACCACUAACACCCAUGGGGGAGCUUCUUGCUAAGAUACCAUCUCAACGUUUAGAUAGUUCCACAUCCAAGGGAUUUCACAGUGCCAGUUUACCUGGUCCUUCACCUGAACCUGAAGCUAAGAGCACUUCCAUUGAGGAAGAACUUGCCCAAGUGAAAGAAGCACGGCUGACAAAGCCACUCUCUCCAUAUAUUAUGUAUGAAGAUUUGAAACCACCAACAUCUCCGACUCCUACCCCAAGCACCACUCCUGGUAUUACCACAGGAAGGUAUGCAUGCGCUGAACAGACAGUCUCAAAGUCUUCUCCUUCAUAUGCUCAAACUAGUUUAUCAGAAUCUACAAGCUCAGCUGCUGAGAAUGCAGACUCUCUAGUUACCAUACCAGGGACAACAGGCACUCUUGAGGCAAAAUCAGCCAAUACUGAAGUGCAGGAGACACAAGCUCCCUCUCCUUAUACUGUUUACAAGGAUUUGAAGCCACCUACUUCUCCUACCCCAACACCAAGUGGUUCCAAGGAAGGAUUUGUUGCUUCUGCACCACCAGCAGGUGCUGUUUUACCAUCUACAGCGGUUAGUGAUUCAUCAAAGAGUGCACCUAUCCAAGUGGUUGGAAAGGACUUUCCCCAUGUUCCAACUCAGAAAAAAAGCCAGCUUUCUCCUUACUAUGUGUAUGAUGACUUGAAGCCACCAACUUCACCAUCCCCUAGUGUACCUACAGUAUCACUUGUCUCAACGUCUAGUGCUGAUGUGGCUCCUCCAUUAUCAACCAUAUCAGGCAACAGCUCAGCUCAAACUUCAGCACUUGAUAAUCCAGUGGACAAACAGCACUCUAUGGAGCCAAAAUCAAGGCCAUUUUCACCUUUUGCCAUGUACGAGGAUUUAAAGCCUCCAACCUCCCCUAUACCAUCCCCAAAGAAGUUUUAGGACCUUCUUCAAUCUAACAGAUCUGUCUUUGAAACAAGGCAUCAGGGAUUUACUGGGUGCACUUGCCCUUGGUUCCAGCAGGGACAAACUAUUUGAAAUGCAGAAUUAUUUUCUAUUGUAUUUUUUUUUUUGGUUUUAUUGUCUCAUCAUUGGAUCUGAAAGCCACAAAAAAUGUAAAGUAUGCCGUAUUCAAUUUUGAUCUCAACAAAUGGAAUAUAUCUGAUUGGUUGAACAGCCUA